UAUUAUUAUUAUUUUAUAUUAAGCUUUGUCCACAAAAUAAUCAAUUCAUCAAUCAUUUGAAAGGAGAGAUCGCUGUGCGGAGGAGGAAGGAGGAAAAAGAGCAAAUUAAACCCCCACUGCCACUCCUCUCUCUCUCUCACACUUUCUCUCUCUAAGGAUUUCCUGUGGUGGCUGAAGUAUUUCUCUUUGAAAACUAUAAUUGGAGAAGUUCUUGCACAUCAUUGCCAAUUCUGAGAAUCAGCUACGUCUCGGAGGUCUUUGACGACUGCCUUUAUUUGGGUGUCUAUGGCAACCAAUGAAAAUCUUCCACCGAACGUCAUUAAGCAACUUGCGAAGGAGUUGAAGAAUCUUGAUGAAACUCCUCCGGAGGGCAUUAAAGUAGGUGUUAAUGAUGAUGAUUUUUCAAUCAUAUAUGCUGACAUUGAAGGCCCAGCUGGAACUCCCUACGAGAAUGGUGUUUUCCGCAUGAAAUUGAUAUUGUCUCAUGACUUCCCGCAUUCCCCUCCCAAAGGUUACUUUCUGACUAAGAUUUUUCAUCCAAACAUUGCAACAAAUGGUGAGAUUUGUGUCAACACAUUGAAAAAGGAUUGGAAUCCAAGUCUUGGGUUACGACAUGUUCUGAUUGUAGUCAGGUGUCUACUGAUAGAACCAUUUCCAGAAUCAGCUCUGAAUGAGCAGGCUGGCAAGAUGUUGCUUGAAAAUUACGAGGAGUAUGCCAGGCAUGCUAGACUGUACACUGGAAUUCAUGCUCUUAAGCAAAAACCAAAGUUUAAAUCAGGAGCUAUUUCAGAGUCGACCACUGCCUUGAAUGUCGACCAGUCAAAUACCUCAGUUCUCAGCGUUGAUGAGAAGAAAGCAAGUUCUGGAGCUGCAUUACCAUUGCCAUCACCAUUGGCUUCAACUACAACAUUCACCAAAGGGGGAAAUGGGCAGGAUCAGCCAGCCUCGGCCUUGAAUUCAACAACCGAGACCGGAGUUAGCAGUGACUCAGUGGCGGCACCACCACCGGUGACACAAAAGAAGGAAGUUACGUUGGCAAAAGUUCAGGCAGACAAAAAGAAAAUGGACGCAAGAAAGAAAAGUCUGAAGAGAUUAUGAAGUUUGUUUUAUUGAUCUGUUUGGUGGAUUUUGCUGCUGACUUUGUGUUGUUUGGCUGAAAGAUAUUGUUAUGUAUUGAAUAUAUAAAAAUGAAGCAAUGGAUUAGCCAGACUUGUUUUCUGUGGUGUUGCUUUUUAUUAACUCCAAUUUAGUGAAUUAUGCCAUUUCAAAAGCUUUACUUUAA